CCUGAUCUCCUCUGAUAUUCAGCGUUUAGCACGAAAUAAUGUGCCUUCAUUUUCAUAUGAAACACCGUACGUGUUACCUAAAUGAAGAUGAAACAGCCAAAUGUUAUUUAAAUGAUACAUUCCUCAAAAUACGCCGGACAUAGGAGGCAACGCCACACAGCUGAAAUAGCCUAAUGUCGCCCCCAGCUGGUUUCAGGCGGGGUAAUGCACUUUGUUGAAUACUUCCACAUUACAGUCAAAUCAUUCGGUUUUUCCUAUUCCUUGCACUGAAAGUAAAAAUAUGGGAAACAUAUGUUUUACAAGUACGAAAAGUUUAAAAUGAAUGAACAUCAAAGUACACUUUUUUUUAAGUAUACUUAAACACAUAUAAGUACACCUAAAGAAGUCUUCUCUUCUAAAUGUUGUAUCGUAGGCCACUGGAUGUCUUUCAGUUUCUUGCAGACGUUUCACUUCUCAUCCAAGAGGCUUUAUCAGGAGUUGCAGUUGCAGUUACAGAGUCAUCAAGUGACUUAAGUUAUCUAAUAAAUGUAGUGGAGUUGACAGUACUGUAGUUGCCACCAAAAUGUAAAGGAGAAGAAGUAUAAAGUGGCAGAAAAUGAAAAUACUCGAGUGAAGUACAAAAACCUCAAACAUGUGCUGAAGUACAUUAGCUGAGUAAAUAUUCUUAGAUACAUUCCUUCACUGGAUGUAAUGAAAUAACUGAUUGGAGCUCCUGCUGAUUAUGGAUUAAGUUACUUUGGCAAUUUAAUGUCAGGGGAAUGUAUCAGUGUUGUGUCUGUGGCUUUAGUUCUCACAUGGAUGUGUGAGUGACAAAGCCAUGGACUUCACUUCCUGUCAUGAUGCGUAAAUGGGAAGUUCUGUCAAUCUCAUAUCGAGGGAACGAGAGAGGAAGCAGCAGUCGUCUCUGCACACAGGCUCUGUAGCGGAUAGAUGUUCUAAACGACACAGUGGGAGUUUCUAUUCGAGCAGAGACAACAGAAGCUGUUUCCCCUUUCCGUCUGCAACAUGAAGCUGCUGAAAUGUGUCUUGAUUGUCCAACUUAGCUGUUUUUGUCAAGCUUUGCAAAACUCAUCCACUCCAACUGACAUCCCGGUGACAGCAGCAGAGGAAGAGGAAUUCAGCAGUGACCCUUACGUUCACAGACGUGCCGGUGAAUGCAGCUUCACGCUCAGGAUGCCUGGAAACAGGAGCAGUGAAGACGUGCCGCUGGCAGCCGGCUCUGCAGAUGUGCUGCUCGAACAGAUCUGUCAGGAUCUUGACUGCGGCAGCGUCUAUCAUGUGAAGAAAGCCAGCCGACUUUCUAAUACCACCUGCUUUCACGACUGCUUGUACCAAGGUGGUCGCUUGCAGAACUGUUCGCAGAGCGUGGGAAAUGGCUGCACGGUGGUUGCUGAAGCAGUUUGUGGCCACCAGGCUGUGCGGCUGGCAGGAGGUUCGGACCGCUGUGCCGGGCGGGUGGAGCUGUGGAGGGAUGGGAGGUGGGGCACGGUGUGUGACGACCGGUGGGACCUGCGGGAUGCCAACGUGGUGUGCGCCCAGCUCGGCUGUGGUUACGCCCUCAGCGUGACGGGACAGGACGGCUCCUUCCCUCCAGGCAGAGGACCGGUCCUGCUGGACGAGCUGAACUGUACGGGCCAGGAGGAGAACCUGUGGGCCUGUCCGGCUGCACGGAGCGAGUCCGACUGCGGACACAAGGAGGAUGCUGGUGUCGUCUGUUCAGAGAUGAGAGCAAUCAGACUGACUGGAGGUCUCGACCGCUGCUCUGGUAAAGUGGAAGUCCACCGUAACGGCAGCUGGGGGACGGUGUGUGAUAACUGCUGGAACAAAGACUUGGCCGCCCUAGUGUGCUCCAUGCUGCAGUGUGGCGAGCCGACACAAAUUUCCCAGUUUGUUCCUCCUCUCACUAACAACAACGGCACGCUGUGGUACUAUUCGUGCAAUCCAAACGAGCAGAGUCUGUGGCAGUGCAGGGAGAGAGCCAAUAUUACACAUCUGUGCGCGUGGUCCAAAGCAUCUGGUGUCGUCUGUAAUGGUUCUCUCGGGUUUCCUGCAGCGACCACAGCCUCAGCUAACGCGACUGUGACGAUCGGCUGGACGACUGAUGCGCCCGAGCUCGGCCCGCCUGAGGGCUUCUUCUUACCGUCUACAGAGCUUCUCAGCACCAUCACUGUUUGUCUUGUGCUCAUCGUGUUUCUCAUCACAAACACGAUGCUCUGCUGCCAUUACAGAAGACGACACGCGCUCCUGCUCCAUCAGACGCGCUCCGCCCCGCGACCUUCCUCUGAACAUCACCACAACAGCUACGAGGACAACGUCAACCUCAUCAGUGUGAAGGCUACCUCACCUCAGGCGGACGCCCCCACCGACCCCAGGUAUCUUUGGACCCAGCUUAGUAGUGUUGACAGCACGUCAGUAGAUACAGACUAUGAGCAGUAUGACCCAAGCAAUGAGUCGUCUGUCCCUUUGUCAACCUUUCGGAAUUCUCAGAGGUACAGAACAGACGUGAACCCUUUGAUGCAGCCCUCAGGUCUCGACCCCCUCUGUGAGGAAGAUUUUCCAGGCAAUGCACCCGUAAAUGAAGCGACGGGAGCCUUUACGAGCUAUAACGGGGAACCUCACUAUGCCCGAGUGUCGAAGAUCUCAGUGGACUCGUUCGAGAGCUCCAGCACCUCGUCUGGUGAAUGCUACGAAAACACAAACGGCAACGUCAAGGUCACCCAGGAGUCAGGACCGAGCCAGUCAUCUGCUGUCAACGCGCCUUUCGAUCCUGUCGGGGCCAAAAAUCAAUUUUUCUUUGGACAAACGACAAACCCUCAUAAUCCAGAGGAUGAAGAUGACGGCCCCAUCUACUCCCCCGUGAGCCCCGACGGUGAUUCUUCUUCUGAUGAAGACUACGAUGACAUCGACACCUUACAGUGAACAGAGGAUUUAACUUGAGCACCACAGAGAGACGAGCAAAGAAAUAUCAGACUGAAGAGAAUGAUUGUGAAAUCUCCAGCCGCAAAAAAACUGCACUGUAAGGAAACUUUAAGACCUGUUGAGACGGAGGAAACCUGAGAAGCAUCAUUGGCUGGUUUGAUGGCCGACGGGAGCCUAAACAUCAAACCCAGACGUGACGGUAUGUGUUGUGUUCUCUGAAUGUAGGAGAAGCUGUAACAUUUCAACUGUACGCCGUUUUAGAUUUUAUUAUAUUUAACUAAAAUGUUCUCAUAGUAGUUUUUAAAAAAAAAAAAAAAUCACGUAUGUAUUGUAAAUAUUGAGCUAAUGUUUGGAUUUAAGUACAAACUACUGAGUUAUGUAUCUACAGGUGUGAUGUGCACUGCAUGGCUGAAAGUAUGAAGACACAUAAACGUCACACCCGCAUGUGAUUGUUGGUUAAUCUAAAACCAUCUGCUACUUUAACAGCCUCCACUCUUUAAAGGUGCAUUAUGUAGUUUUGGGCAAGAAAUUUAAAUCAGAAGGGAAAGAUCUUCACUGACUGAUUAUUAACAAACUUUCUUUGUUUCCAUGAAUAAAUCAGGUGAAUAAACAAACUGACCUUAAAGGACGACACAGUAUCACACUGUUUUACUACAAAAUGCCCCUUUAAGUCAGGCUUUUCCCAUUCAGCCACAAGCUGUAAGGUGAAGGCUGGGCAGCUUUAUCACAAAAUGAAAUAUUCAAACAAUGACAUAAAAAAUAAUUCAGAUUAUUGUAUUACAGACAUGCACUGAGACAAAACACUGGUUAUAAGGAUACUUCAGAGAUACAGUAGUUUUUUUUCCCACUUUCCUUAAUUCAGCCAUUGAUAAAUGCCCUUUUAAAAAUGUAUAAGAUGAAAUCUGUAGUCUGAAAUUCUGUCAUCUAUCAUCUAUCUACCGUUUUUCUGAUUACUGGACUCAGUGUUGUGUUUUCUUUUUUAAAUCUGAUAUGCUUAAUUAAUUUUAAAAAGGCUCUACAUCGGUUGGGAUGAAGCAUGCCUUCUCAAAGUAACGUGGGUAAAAAGUACAAUAUUUGACCCCAAAAUCUGGUGGAAAGGUGCUAUAAAAGAGCAGAAAAUAGAAAUACUCAUAUUCAAUCAUUGUAUCCAACUCCAAAAACUCAUUGGCAAGAUAGUUAUAUUUUCAAAUUGUAGACUUUGAAAACCUGAAACAUAAUUGUUUUGCAGUGGUGUAGACAUUUAAUUAAUUGGAACUGAGGAGCACAGUCCAACCCAUAAUAAACACAAGAACAUUUGUGUCCUCAUACUUUUGACCACAGAGUAUCUAAUGUGCUCAUGUUUGCAACAAAUCAUCCUUGUUAUCAGACUAUUGAGUCGCACCACAAGGUGGCACUACAGGCUCGUACUUAAACUAAAAGUUUAAGUGCCUGACAGAGAAAAAAACAACUUGUAAUGCCAUAAAAUGUUUGGCAAGGCACCUUUCUUUGUGACAAACACCCAUAUACAGUGAGUGAGGGAGAAGUCAGAACUGUGCACCGAGGAGGACUAAACAUGGUCCAGCAUGAACCAGCAGAGCAGUCUGCAGCCAGACCGUGCACGGCCCUCCUCGCUUCAUUACAUCUGCAGCAGCUGCAGAGCAUCAGCGCUUCCUCCUGAUGCCCUGAAUCAAAGUGAUGUCUUGUUCUGUGGAGGUAAAUGUGACAAACUGCCUCAAAGCACCUGUAAAACUUUUAAUGGCUGCGGCGAACGCACAGAUGAACAUGGAUUAGCUUCAGCGUGAGAAGUGGGAGUGAUGAUGCAUGAGACUGAUAACCAGCAGAAGAGGGUGUUUUUUGACUGGAAGGUAUUUGGCGGGGAAGAGGAGGAGGUUAAGUGUGUGUGGAGGCGAGAGGAGUGAGGGUGGGUGGGUGGAGGGGGAGUGGGGUAGAAAAAAGGAGGAGAAGUCGGCGAAGAUAAAACGUGUCUGAGAGAAUCAUAUAUUACGGUCAAAUUUAGUCCAGAGCCCUGCAUCGAGAUAAACAGGCGAAUUAACGACCAGAUCUCCUUAUGAAACUCAAUCUCUUUCACAUGCCAGAGAGUCCGGCACACACACACACACACACACACACACACGCACCACUUAACAGAGAUUCCAUCUAAAAGUAUGCGGUUUGAUAUAUUACAGAUCCUCCUCGAACAGUUUGCUUUUGUUUCGUUCCGCUCUCAAAGAUUGAUAAAUCGGAAUCUUGAAAUCUGUGGAUUUACAGUCCUGAUUAACAUCAAGGGGGAGAAAUGUGGUGCACCAGUAUUUCAAGUAGUUCGCAGUAUUUGAGGGAUUAGAAGAUCAACCCUCUGUUUUUACUUUGUUCAUUAAAUCAGUUACACACAAAGGAUUACAGCUCCUUAAGUCCCUAAGUUGCUUAAAGUGUCCCGGCAACUGAUCCGGGCCGAGGUUUAAACUUUUGAACUCUGUUUGUUGAAAGAUGCCUGGAGUGGACGGUACAUGCCUGCAAACAUUAUAUAACGCAUACUAGAACCUGAAUUUACAGCUGCUGCUGCUCUCUGUUUGGGUUUGACGUCCUCCUGUAAAACUUUAUGUGAAGAAUAUUGCAACAAGAGUUUGGCCAGUUCCUUCUUCUUCUUCUUUUUUUUUUCUUUACCUUUAGAAAGUGGACAACACACAUUACAUUUAAAGUUCUUUUCUGUUGAUGUUCAGUUAUAACAUAUUCUUAAUUCAGUCAGUGGGAUCAUAGAAGGUUAGGAACAUAGAACUCUUUGUUAUGUUCCCAUCAGGUACCUUAUAAUUCUGGGUAACACAGGGACCUGGAAAACAAGGAACCUCAGGAACAUAGGAACGUGAGAACACUGGACCUUUGGGACAUAAGACACUGGGAACAUUGGACCUCGCAGAACUAGGACACUAGGAACAUAGAACCCUGUGUCAUGUUCCCAUUAUGUGUCAUGUAAAUCAGGGGAACAUAAGAUGUUGGGAAUAUAGAACCUUUUUUAUAACACAACUUUGUCGAAACUGUCCUUAUUCUGAGAUGCAUGACUGUAAGUAUUAGCAUUUUUGAUUCUGCCCUCUAGUGGUCAGAAAAACCCUGAUUCCUGCAGUUAUUCUGAGAAUAUCAUGAGAUUUAUUUGGGGGCUUUAUUGUUUCAUGAAGCAAAGACCACGUGUGUUAUCGUCUUAUCAUGAGCUUGUUGUUAAUUUUGAGAAUAAAAUUGCACUUUCACCUC